AUGGGCAAUUGCUUUUCAGGCCAACGAGAGUCGUCAUCCUCCAAGAACAACAGCAAUUCUGCUGCAUCCAAACCCGAAGUGAAAACCAAUGAUGUAAAAACCACGAAAGAAACAUCGGUCGGAGAGAAGAAGGCGGAGGUUUCCUCAACAACAAACACAACUUCAGCAAAAUCUACAACCUCCUCGGAACCCUCCAAAGUUUCAAACACAGUGUUGGGAGAUCAGGCUUCUCAAAAACCUUCAACCAAUGCUUCCUCUUCUAAUUUUGACUCGGCUACAAAUUCCUUUUUAUUGAAACCUGCUUCUUUGGCUCGAUAUCUCAUUGGACCUAAAGGUGCAACGAUCAAACAAUUGCAAGAAGAGACUUCAUCCAAAAUCAACAUUCAAGAUUUGGACUCGGAUACCAAACAAGUGAAAAUUGAGAACACAAGUCAACCCGAGAAUGUCUACAAGAGAUUAAUGGCCGAAUUGAAAAAGUAUGGUUGGGAAUAUGAUUCCUCUGAGAAACAAUUCAUUGAACAUGAAACUGAAGCCAUGAAAUUAUUUAAGGAGCUCGAAAAGAAGAUUAGUGAAGAGUCGAAACUCAUGUCCGAUUGUUUUGAGAGAGCUUCCAAAGCCCACGAAAGUGGAGAUGGAGCACUCGCCAAACAAUUAAGUGAUGAAGGAAAAAAGCAUCAAGAACUCAUGAAAAAGUAUCAACUCGAAUCGGCUCAAACCAUGUUUGAACAUCUCAAUAAGGACAAGGGCGAUUUAGAAAUUGACCUGCAUGGACAAUAUGUGGACAACGCGAUGAACUUUUUACGAAAGAGAAUUGAAAAGUUGAGAUCAGAGAAACAAAACAAAUUGACCAUCAUUUAUGGAGCUGGAAAUCAUUCCGAUGAAAAAGGACCAAAAAUCAAACCUGCUGUUUUGGAAUAUUUGAGAAAUGAGGGAAUUACUUUUGAGGAGAUUAAUCAUGGAAGUAUUAGUGCGAAUAUUUAA